GGGCUGGGCUGGGCAGGGCCGGGUUGUGCCGUGCCGUGCCGUGCCGGCGGCGGGAGCGGGGCUGGCGGUGGCGGUGCCCGGCGCGGUGCCCCGGCCCGGGGUGAGCAUGGUGCCCUAGUGCUGGGGCUAUGUCGGAGGCGGCCCGGAGCCUCCUGCAGCGCUGGGGCGCCAGCUUCAGGAAGGGCACCGACUUCGACUCCUGGGGGCAGCUGGUGGAGGCCAUCGACGAGUACCAGAUAUUAGCGAGACAUCUGCAAAAAGAGGCACAGUCUCAGCACAACAACUCAGAAUUCACAGAAGAUCAAAAGAAAACCAUAGCUAAAAUUGCAACAUGCUUGGAACUGAGAAGUGCAGCUUUACAGUCCACCCAGUCGCAGGAUGAAUUUAAGCUUGAGGAUCUGAAGAAGUUGGAACCAAUCUUAAAGAAUAUCCUCACUUACAAUAAGGAGUUCCCCUUUGAUGUUCAGCCUGUCCCACUCAGGAAGAUUUUAGCACCAGGAGAAGAGGAACACUUGGAGUUUGAGGAGGAUGAUGAGGAAGGAGGAGCUGGAGCAGGGUCUCCAGACUCGUUUCCUGCUAGAGUUCCAGGUACUUUAUUACCCAGAUUGCCAUCUGAACCCGGGAUGACAUUACUCACCAUCAACAUAGAGAAAAUUGGUCUGAAAGAUGCUGGGCAGUGCAUUGAUCCUUACAUCACAGUCAGUGUAAAGGAUUUGAAUGGCAUAGAUCUGACUCCUGUGCAAGAUACUCCUGUGGCUUUGAGGAAAGAGGACACGUAUGUCCAUUUUAAUGUGGACAUCGAGAUUCAGAAACAUGUUGAAAAACUAACAAAAGGUGCAGCUAUUUUCUUUGAAUUCAAACACUACAAGCCUAAGAAAAGGUUUACUAGCACCAAGUGCUUUGCUUUCAUGGAGAUGGAUGAAAUUAAACCUGGGGCAAUUGUUAUAGAACUGUACAAAAAACCCACUGACUUUAAAAGGAAGAAAUUACAACUGUUGACCAAGAAACCACUUUACCUUCACCUCCAUCAAACGUUGCACAAGGAAUGACCCUAUUUGUGAGACUUCUGUGAACUGAACCACAAGUCAUGGUAGCUGUGUGUUGUAGCCUUAGGCUUCAAGGGGCAGGAAAACGACUGUGUCCAUGCCAGUAGGUCAAACGGGACCAUCACAUACUGCACAGCACUACUUCAGGGUCAGAGGCAAGCCUACCAUCCAAGUGCAAGUUUUUUUUCAGUACCUUCCAGAUCCAGGUUUUUCUGAGAGCCCUGAAAUAUUUUGACUGCUUUUCCUAAUUUUGCUGUUCAUCACUUUUUAUCGUAACCAUUAUUAUCCUUUUGCCUCAAACUCCACCGAAGGUUGGAGACUGCCCCUUUGCCAAACCUGUAGCAAUAAAGAUGUGGCAGGCCUAC